AUGCGCUUGGGUGAUGGGGGUUGCGCCGUUGCUCCACCGCGCAGCCCCUUAGGCCCUCGUCCGCUGCACUUUCCCCCGACAGCUCCCUCUCUUCCCCCCCACUCCCUGCCUCCUCUCCCCCACUUCUCCUUCGUGCCCGCCCUGAUCCCUCUUUGCCUGCAUCCUAUAGUAGCACCCCCCAGAGCAAGAGGAGGACCCCCCGGAGCAAGUAAAGGCGAGCUUUCAGCAGCUCUUUUGAAGCGCCGCAACCUCCCCACCCUCAACCCCGUAGCAUCCCCCUCCCCCGCCUUUCCCGUCGUACCUUACUCCUCCACUGCCCCAUCCCCACAGGAGGAGGACCCCCCCGAGCAAGUAGAGGCGAAGAUUCAGCAGCUGCUGCGGCUGUGCAACACGUGGGGACUCAUUACGGUGGGUUGGAUGGGGAAGCUACUCUGGCUCUCUUGUGCAACUGGCUCCCCCACGGUGGGGCACAUGGCGGUGGCAGCGAUGGUGGGAGCUGGGGCAGUGCAGCACGUGGUGACUCAGAACGGUGGGUGCAGAAAGAUAGAACACAUAGAGGCUGGUUGCAGGGGCAGCAAUGGUGGUGGCUGGGAUGGUGCACACCAGGAGAGAUGUCGGGAGGGUGGGGUACCUGUCCUCUUGCUUCCCUCUCACUUCCCUCUUACUCCUCUUACUUCCCUCUCACUUCCGUCUCACUUCCCUCUCACUAUCCUCUCACCUCCCUCUCACUAUCCUCUCACUUCCCUCUCACUUUCUCUCACUUCCCUCUCACUAUCCUCCAAGUACCUGCUCCCUCUUAUCGUUUUGUCCCUUCCUGCUUCCGAUCGCCUUCCUGCUUCCGAUCGCCUUUCAACCGGCCCUUCCCAAUCUUAUUCUGCCAGUGGACGGCCUUCACUCCCGAAGUGGCAUCCCAUCAGACCGUCGAUCAGAGCUGCAUGGGUCGUGCACUUCGGGGAGAGGAUGGACGAUGAGGAGUUGAGUAAGGCGAGGGAGGCAAGCAUGGGCGCACAUGUGGCGCUCUGCCUUGGCUCCUCCUUCAAGGUGCCACCAGCCAGCAAGCUCCCUCGUUUAGCAACCCACAUGGUCAUCGUUAACCUCCAACGCACCCCUCUCGACCGCCAUGCCUCAAUCACCAUCAGAGCUCGCGUUGAUGCCGUUCUCCCCCCUCUCUCGCUUCUCUCCCUCUCCUCACCCCCACCAUGUGCCACCAGCCAGCAAGCUGCCCCGCCUGGCAACCCUCCUGGUGGACAAGGGGACAGCACCAGGGUCCAGGCUCAUUCUCUUCUUGCACAAGGCAACGAGGACCAAGGGGAGGAGGAAGAAGCAGAAAGCUAG